GUAAGGAAACUUAAUUAACAAGUCAAUUAACGCUUAAACCCUGCCGGCCAGAGCUCUUCCAUUCUCAUUUAUUCUUCAUAAAUUCUUUCAUAUUUUCCAUUGCCAGGCACUCAUGGGGACUGUUGUUGACACUGGAAACAAGGAAGCAUAUGGAAGUGCAGAUUCUAACAAGAAAGAUAAAGUUAUUUUUGCCCUUGGUGGUCCUUGCAGUGGCAAGGGCACUCAGUGUCCAAAAAUUGCCCCGAACUUUGGUUACACCCAUCUUAGUGCUGGUGACAUUCUCCGAGCAGAGAAAGAAUCUGGUUCUGAAAACGGGACUACGAUUCAGAGCAUUAUGAAUGAGGGGAAACUUGUUCCUUCAGAGAUAAUAGUUAAGCUUAUCCAACGAGCAAUGCAGGAAAGUGGGAAUGAUAAAUUUCUUAUAGAUGGUUUCCCUCGAAAUGAGGAGAAUCGUGUGGAAUUUGAGUCUGUUAUAGGAAUUGAACCUGAAUUUGUUAUUUUCUUUGGCUGUUCCGAAGAAGAAAUGAUUAAGCGCAUGUUGAGUAGGAAACAGAGUAGAGAAGAUGAUAACUUUGACACAAUGAAGAAGCGACUAGAGGUUUAUAGACAAUUUAGUCUCCCAGUGAUUGAAUAUUACAACUCUAGAGGGAUGGUUCGAAAGAUUGAUGGCGAGAAAUCCAUUGAAGAAGUUUCCGAGGCGGUCAAUGCUGUUUUCACUUCAUUGAUUGACGAGGCAUUGUUCUCGUCUCCAAACUGCUUGAAGUCGGAUCAUCCAGGCAUUGUUCUCGUCUCCAUACUGCUUGAAGGAGAGGACUACGGCACAUGGAGUCGUGCUAUGAGAAUUGGUUGA